UAACUAUGAUCACUAAAAACAUCAACCAUCUUAACAUUUUUAUUGCUUCAUUAAGUUUGUUCUAAUAAGGCUUUUCCUCAACUCUGCAGAGGACGUGCAAUAACCCUAUGAGGUUGGGGGAAAUGGGGUUGGAUCUCUGGAUGUGCUGUUUCACUUCCACUUCUGACACAUUUCGAAAGCAGACUGAAUGGAAGUGGCAAAUCUUCCCUUAUCACAAACUUAAAAUAGCCACAAAUUAUUUUCAUCAAGCUCGGAUUCUUGAUAAGAAAGGCUCUGCCACAGUAUAUUAUGGAAAACUUAAGAAUGGUCGUGAGAUUGCAGUACAAAGCUUUAAGGAGGACAAGUGCAACAUAUUGAAACAGUUCAUCGAAGAAACUGUUAUCCUAAAUUUCAUGCCCUGCAAAAACCUUGUUACAAUUUAUGGAUAUUCCACUCAUCAAAAGGAAUUCUUGCUAGUACAUGAAUACCUGUCCAAUGGGACUCUUGCUACUCAUAUUAAAGGCCAACCAUCAGAUAGCCGAACAACGUUAACUUGGCCAAACCGAUUGGAUAUUGCAAUUGAUAUAGCAAGUGCAUUGAACUAUCUUCACUACAAGGGCAUUGUCCACCGUAAUGUUAAGUCUAAUAAUAUUUUCCUUGAUAUAAACUUUUGUGCUAAACUUGGUAACUUUCAUUUGUCAAAGAAACUUGUUGUUGAAGCAACCGAUGUUACGAGAGACUUGAUAGGAACAAGUGGUUAUAUCGACCCAGAACUUGUGUCAAAAGGCUUACUUAGUGUUAAAAAUGAUGUUUAUAGCUUUGGGGUGGUGUUAUGUGAGCUUGUGUCAUCCAUGCUUGCAGAAUAUUAUGUUCAUAACGAAGAAGAAAGUCUAGCUACAUUUUUAAUGACAAAAGUUGAAAACCAAGCUUUGGUCGAGCUUUUGGAUCCAAAUCUUGGCUUUCAGUCAGACGUUAAGAUCGACAAGAUGAUGACUGCUACGGCUGAGCUUGCAUUUUGGUGUUUGCAAUGUCCACAAGAAUUAAGGCCGAACAUGGAACAAGUGCUAGAGAGUCUCAAUGGCAUAAAACAAGGGAGAUAUGAGUUAAGCCCAAUAAAAGCUUUCAAAAUCUUCCACCAUGCUGAACUUGAAGAAGCUACAAACCAUUUUGACACUUUCCUAGGAAAGGGAGGGUUCGGCAGUGUCUACUACGGAAAACUAAAAGACGGUAGAGAAGUUGGAAUAAAACGUUUCCAUGAAGAGACAAACAGAACAAUUAAGCAAUUCAUGAAAGAAAUUGAGAUUGCAAGUCACUUGCGUCAUCAAAAUCUGGUUUUACUUUAUGGCUGCAGUUCUCGUCAUAGCGACAAGCACAUGCUAGUGUAUGAGUACAUCUCUAAUGGAACUCUUUCACAGCAUCUCCAUGGAUCUUCAGGCAGUACGUUAUCGUGGCCUAGUAGAUUGAAUAUUGCCAUUGAAACUGCAAAGGCCUUGGUAUAUCUUCAUGACUCAGGUAUCAUCCAUCGCGACAUAAAAGGAAGUAAUAUUCUGCUGGAUGAAAAUUUAACUGUUAAAGUUGCAGAUUUUGGACUGUCGCGGUUUCUUCCGGACUAUGUUACUCACGUUUCAACUCUUCCGGUUGGAACUCGUGCUUACAUUGAUCCAGAUUACUUUGAAACUGGAAGGGUGAGUGACAAAAGUGAUGUGUAUAGCUUCGGGGUGAUCUUAUUCGAGCUUAUAUCAUCCAAACCCGCAAGUUUAAUGCAAGGAACGGAGAAUGUGACUCUCGCCCAAUUCGCAAUGCAUAAAAUCUUAAACAAGAAUUUACAAGGGCUAGUGGAUCAAAGUCUUGCAAUUUGUUUUAAUGAAAAUGUUGUGGAAAUGAUAACAGCGGUGACAGAGUUAGCAUUUCAGUGUGUCCAGUGUCCUAAGGAACUCAGGCCAACCAUGAAACAGGUGUUACAAACUCUACAGGGCAUAAGCAAGGGGACAUGGGGAUUCAACCAAAUAACAUAGGAGUAGAUUUUGGUGAUUCUCCGACAUAGAAAAUAUAUUCCUACUCGUGACAUUUCACUUAUUCAUUAUUAAAAAGUGAAAUUUCAAUCAUUAAAUUACUCGAAGAAAAAAAUAAAACGUUUAAAUUAUUUUAUAACAACAUCAAUGCAAAUAAUUUUGAACUUUUUAUCUUUUUACUUACAAAGUUACAAACUAUAUCUCCUACCAAACAGUCAUACCUAACUAAAAAAAAUAGUUUGGUGUCUGAUUGGCUGUUCAAUGGGGGUUGGUUCCUACCAUAUUCUCUCACAAGAUCAUGCACAAUGUAGUUGAUACUUGCAUCUUUAGGCUGUGCUUUGGAUGGUGGUUUGAGCUUAUUUUAUCACCCUCCUUUCAAUUCAGAUAUUUAACAAAUGAAAUGUUUUUGGAUGUUUUCACUUUCCAUUUAUUUUUUUGUGUAGUCUGUCUUCUUUA